CCUCAAGUCAAGCUGCAAAAGAAGAACAACGAAGCGACAAGAAAAAAAAAAAGACAAGAAAAACACGAAAGAAUAUAGUCUAAAAAGAAAGAAGCAGUGCUAAUCAUCAUGGCGCCACCGCCUCCCCAAGACACAGACUCGCUGGGUGAGGCCGCGGAGAACCCGGCCGAGACCAAGACAUCGCACGGGGAGGUGGAAGAGGGGGAAGAAAAGGAAGAGGAAAGAAAGGAAGAAGAGGCACAAGAGGAAAAAGAGCAAAGUGAAGAAGAGAGAGAGGAAGAAGAAGAAGAAGAAGACGGAGAAGUGACACAAUCGCAACAAGCCGACAGCAGAAACCCAAGCACAGAAUCUCACCCUCAACCAGAGAACACAACAAAAAAGGAAGAAGAACAACAAGAAGGACAGCAAGAAGCACCUCCGCUCCCAGACGAAGAGCUCCCCCCGCCCCUCCCGACCGAGAACCCCCCCUCCCACGAAGACGACGGCUGGGAACCCGUCUGGGAACCCUCUGCACAAGCCUUCUACUUCUAUAACCGCUUCUCAGGCGCCUCACAGUGGGACAACCCGCGCGUGCCGGACCCCACCACCUCCGCCCCAGGCGACGCUGCCGGCGAUGGCCCUGCUGCUGCUGCUGCGUCCCCGCCCGCUCCCGCAGCCGUGCUGGGAGGCUACAACCCCGCCAUCCACGGCGACUACGACCCGACGGCGCCGUACGCGCAGCAGUACGAGCAGCCCGGCCAGGAUGCGCAGGCCGCCGCUGCCGCUGCUGCUGCUGCAGCAGCAGCUGCGGGCGGGGCGGACUACGCGGCGCUCGGGACGUUCAACCGGUUUACGGGGCAGUGGCAGACGGCGGAGCAGAACCCGGAGCGGCACAAUGAUGAGAAUAAGUCGCGGCGGCAGAUGGGGGCGUACUUUGAUGUCGAUGCGGCGGCCAAUUCGCAUGAUGGGCGGAGUCUGCGUGCGGAGCGGAGUGCCAAGAAGUUGAGUCGGAAGGAGCUGAAGAUGUUCAAGGAGAAGCGGAAGGAGAAGAAGGAGGAGAAGCGACGAGCUUGGCUGCGGGAUUGAUCAUGAUACCUUUUCUUCUUUAUUGCUGUUUCUUGUCUAUCGGCGCUGUACCGUAAUAUAUAACUGGGUUGCAUGGGUUUAGAAGUGGGGAUGAUUGUAUUAUCUAUCAAUACGAAG